AUGGCAAACGAAGCAGUACGUUUGAAUGUAUAUGACAUGGUAAGAGUAGCAUUCUUAAUUAUGAAUUUAAGACCACCACCCCAAUAUGCAUAUGGAGGUCAUCCUUUUCCUAUAAGUGGUGUCUUUGAAAUUCUACCAAAACAAGCUGAAGAACUAGGAGAACAAUUUAGAUUUAAAGAAACCGUUCUUUUAGGAAGAACAGAUUUUACACCAAGUGAAGUGAAAUUAAUUGUAGACGAACUUGGAAAAAAAUUUAAAGGAGAUCGAUAUCACCUGAUGCAUAAAAACUGUAACCACUUUACAUCAGCUGUUGCCAAGAUAUUGGUUGGUAACGAUAUUCCACCGUGGGUGAACAGACUUGCCUAUGUCAGUUCGUGUGUGCCUUUUGUAGAACGAUGCCUACCGCAGGAAUGGUUAACCCCUGUGGCCUUACAGCAAUGUAUCAUCAAAGAACCAGAACCAGAUAGAUCCACCAAUCUAGGAAGCACGAGAGAAAGGCGACGAUAUGAUCCACGUUCAAGUAUAAACUGAUAGAUAGUGAAUGUAAAUAAAUUAGAUAUUGUAUUUGUAUGAAUCUGUGAAUUGAUUGGUUUUAACCCAUCGUCUCAAUUUUUUCUUGUGACCUUUAUUGAAUGACUACUCAAAAUUUGUCAAAAUAAAUAUUUUAAACUUGUUACCACUUCCAAUUCUGUUCAGAUCUUGAACAAAUCAAAUAUUUUACAAUAUCAGCCAAGAAGGACUCAGAAGUACAAUGUAUAUUUAUAGUACUGCUUUAUUAUGUACACUCAGGUGAUCACAAACACUAUCAAUUCUCAAUAUUACCGGUAGUCUUGCUAUGAAGUUGUAAAUUGCAAUCAUUUGACCAUUUGCAUUGACCACAAUUCAGUUAUGAAUGUGAAUUCAGUUUUUAUAUUAUUCUGUUUAGCCAGAAAACAAAUCAGUGAAGAUAAAUUUACUUUCCAGUCUUCAGUUGGAUUUAGUGGUUCAUUUGCAGCUAUUCUAAAACACCUCAAAAUAACUGGUAAUUUAUAUAAAAGUCUAUCAUACUGUAAAAUACUUUCGCUGAAAAACGUUUUUGGAUGUUUUGUAUAAAAUUUAUUUUCACUGAUUUUUGACAAGUUGAAUGUAAAAUCUAAGAAAAAAUGGAUUUUGUUUUUACCGAAUCAUCCCUUCAGCGAAAAUAAUAUAUUUUACAGUAGGUGCAUCUUGGCACAUGCAUCUUGGCACAAAGUAAUGCUGUAUUGUGCAAACCAUGUAAUAAUCUCAGUGUGACACUUCUAAGCAAUGCAUGACAAAACGAAUGUAGAAAAUUGUUGGCUAUAGAGCAGUGUGUAUUUCCUGGCAAAAUAUGUUUCUUGUCUGUGAUUUUGUAUUGGUAUGAGUUCAUAAUUUCUACUGAACUUUCAUAUCACUCAUUCAAUAUAUAUCUAAAAUUUACAGUGGAAAAUGUGAUGGUACCCCCCCCCCCCUCUAUUUUUUGGUCUAUAGGACUGCCUCCAUUCUCAUCAGUAAAGUUAGUAUGGUAAUAGCCAUUAUGGCGGCUAAAUGACACGAAUGCCAGGUUAUUCGAUAAUAAUUAGAUCACUAAUAAUAUUAUUGUUUGUAAUUACUGAAUUCUGUGUUUUGAUUGUACUCAUUGGUAAAAAAAGUUCCUUAUCUGACAAAACCUGGCUAUUAAUUUCAGUUUCAACAACAUAAAUUUAAAAUAUUCUUUGCUGUGAUCCAGAUUACAUAGAAUUUGAAAUCAUGUUGCAGUUAUUUACAGAUUAUAUGAUAAAAAUACUGCCAGAUAGACUGUUAAUCUCUGCACAGACAGGUAUGUGUUAACACAUCGCCCAGUGAUGCUGUUUUGGCUAUCCAUGGAGGCAUGUAUCUGUCUGUUUUAUUUAUAAAAAUGAAAAUUAUUUAUUUUGAUGCAGUUAAAAUAUAUUCUAUUUAGUAAAUUUGUCAAAUAUUUAAUGUGGAAUUCAUCUAAGGGAUCAAACAUUUGAAGUUAUUGGGGAGGGCGUAUGUGAAUGGAAAAGUGUGAUCAGUGCAUUUUUUUCACAGUUCUUGUCUGAACAUUUGUAUUUUUCUUGGCUGUGCCAAUAUUUUUCUCUGCAACACCUGGUAUUGCCCCCCCCCCUCCCCCCAUGAUUUUAAAUUGUAAAUCCCUAAGCUGGUAUGAAUAUAUAUUUAUAUCAAUACCACUGUAAUGACAAGUGAUUAAUUAUUCAGAAUUUUUUUCAAUCAGACAAAUACUGUAAAAGCAUUGUCACUAGUAUUUAAUUUCAUUAUUUUGAGUAUGUUCACUGGGUUUUAAAAUUGACAAAUGUUCUGUGUAAAUGAGUUCUAUUGUAAUUAUACAUUUUUACUGUGAUUUUUACUAAUGGAUUUCAGUUGUCAGCGAAAAUGAAAUCCAGUGAAUAAAUAAUGCACUUACAGUAAGCAACAGACAUACUUUAAUACUGUUGUAAGUAAACAUCCUCGGGCUUCACAAAUAUAUCACUCAAAAGCUGAAAUAGAAUAAUGAAGUUAAAAAAUAUAUUUAAUAUUUGUGAAUAAUUCCAUUGUGUAUAAAAAAAAAACGUGUUUUAAUGCUGGCAACUGGAAACCAAUUAUUAUGGAAAAUAUCUGUUAUCUCUUUUACAUGUUAAUCAUUUUUUAUAUAUCGUUAUAUGUAUAUUUGUUUUCAUUUCUUUUGUUUCUAGAAAUAUUAUUUGCUCUAUUGGUGGCAUGUGCGCUUACGUAAUUGACAAAGGUGUAGUCAAAAUAAAUCAUAUUUUUAAAGGAUUCUGUAUAUUAUAAUAUUAUUUUUAUUUAGUUUAUUCAUGCUUUUAAUAGAGCAAAUAUAGUAUAUCUAAGGCAGAAGUUCAGUAA